AUGACGUCUUUGGCGCACACUCGAGAUCCUCUCAUCACGCCAUCACCUGUCAAACGCGAUCCGACGAAGACGUACAAACGACCGCGAGACCUUAUUUCCGAUAUUGCAUCAGGUGUCGACGGCAUUCUGAGUACCUUGGGUUCAGACAUCCCAUCGUACGUAGCUAGCGGUAUACCCAAUUUCUUCCAGAACUUCCCAACUGGCGAUUCGGUACAAAGCAGCCUUGGAAUCGACGACAAGCAGCUCGCGGCUGUGCCGACUCAGGCACUGAAUCUGCCCCCAUAUGCCAAUUAUACCGACCAGGGUUGGAAUGUGAGGUUUCAUGGAAAUAUCUACAAGCAGCCGGACACGAAUGAGAGUACACUGAACGAUCUCGCCAAUGUAUUCUUGAUCGAUACGUCUGUUGAAGACUUGCCUCAAAGUCAGGCUGAUAUGGCACGCAAUGUCACGGCGUCCAUCUUCGUUGUACAGCAAGGCCAUGUCGCUGUCUCACCCAUAGACAUUACUCCUAUCGAGGGCGGACCGGGCGAGUCCCAGCAAGUGAAACUGCCAUACAACACGACAGCUCAGGGCGAUUUCGACGUCUUCAUGCCAAUCAACAGCAACGGACUCAUGGCCGGUAACUCCACCGAACAAAUCCAGAAGCUUUCUACGUUCGUGUCCAACACCACAGAAGGCAACGGAACAGCAUAUCUCGUCCCGAACACUGGACUGACCGUGAUCUCCGACAUCGAUGACAUCCUUCGUGUCACGAAAAUCUACGAUCCGAAGGAAGGCUUGCUCAAUUCUUUUGCCAGGCCCUAUGUGCCUUGGGAGAACAUGAACGAAAUCUAUGCCAACUGGAGCACGAGUUUGCCGAAUUUGCAUUUCCACUACCUGACGACUCUCCCGGAGCAAGUCACAAGGCAAUACGAACAAUUCAUCUACGCCUACUACCCUGCCGGCUCUUUCGAUGUCCGCCCUCUCAACUUCAGCGACAUCAGCGCAACUCUGAGCAUUCGACAAUUUCUCCUCACCAAGAUCUUCCAGACUUUCCCGCAGCGAAAGUUUGUUUUGGUUGCGGAUACGUCGAAUAGUGAUGUGAUGCGCGAUUAUCCCAAGUUAGCACACGACUACCCCGACCAAGUCCAAUGCAUUUUCCUCCGCAACACCACCGCUACCGACCCCUCCGAUCGCUUUCCCUACAAUACCGAUGGUUUCAAGGGUCUCGAUCAGAAGAAGUAUAUGUUCAUCGUCCAUGCGAAUGACCUUGCCGGGAUCAAUAUCGCGGGCAACAGCUGUUACAACACCUCCGUGGCUCAGAAUUUGACGUUUGGGUAUCAAGGUCUUCCAGGUGGGAUUGGUGAUGAUGGGCCCGUCAAUGGGAGCGCCAAUGGGAGUGGGAAUGCUGCGAGCGCCGCUAGUGCAAGCAACGGAUUGACUUUCUUGGCUUUUCUUAGUCUGUUGUUUUGGCAGUUGGUUUAAAGGUUGAGGAGGUAUUGUGUGAGUAUGAGGGAGGAGAUGAGUUAUGCGCUGGAGACAGGACAGUGUUUGAUAGUACGGUGUCGGUAGCAUCUACAUAGAUUUGAACCCGUAAGACUAGUUACGGAGUAGAAUAGAAAUUAAGCUUGUGCUU